AAUAUCCGCGGCCAGCUGGGCUGGAGACACCGGAGGGGCAGAGAGACAGAGACACAGGAACGGGGGCGGACACUGCUGCGGCAAUUUCAUUCUCCCUUUUGACACCGGCACGCAUUUUAAUGCGUCAUACUCUGAAUAUAUAGACCACAACCGGUUAUUAUUUAUAAUUGUUUUUUUUAUGAAAAUAUUUAUUUUUUGAAAGACUAUCUCGCAGAAAGAAAUGGCGCAGCCUGAUAAGAAAUUUUUUGAGAACCUCUCCGGUGCGGGGAAAGCCAUCGGCGUACUGACGAGCGGCGGGGAUGCUCAAGGUAUGAAUGCUGCUGUUCGUGCUGUGGUACGCAUGGGAAUAUAUGUUGGAGCCAAGGUGUAUUUUAUUCAUGAGGGUUACCAGGGGAUGGUAGAUGGGGGAGAUAACAUUGAGGAGGCAAGCUGGGAGAGUGUCUCAAGUAUGCUGCAGGUGGGCGGCACGGUCAUCGGCAGCGCCCGCUGCAAGGAGUUCCGUUCCCGCGAGGGCCGCCUGAAGGCCGCCCACAACCUGGUGCGGCGCGGGAUCACCAACCUGUGUGUGAUCGGAGGGGACGGCAGCCUGACUGGAGCCAACCUGUUCCGCGAGGAGUGGAGCGGCCUGCUGGAGGAGCUCGUCCAGCAGGCUCUAAUUGAUGAGGAGGCUGCUCAGAAGUACUCUGCCCUGCACAUUGUCGGGAUGGUUGGAUCCAUUGACAAUGACUUCUGUGGCACCGAUAUGACAAUAGGAACAGACUCUGCCCUCCACAGAAUCAUUGAAGUUGUUGAUGCAAUCAUGACCACCGCCCAGAGUCCUGAGAUGCCCCCUGAAGAUGGCUGGGAGGAGCAGAUGUGCCAGAAACUGUCAGAGAGCCGAUCCCGCGGUUCAAGGUUGAACAUUAUCAUAGUUGCGGAAGGAGCCAUUGACAGACAUGGAAAAGCUAUUACAUCCAAUUUAGUGAAGGAUCUUGUUGUUAAAUGUCUUGGGUUUGAUACCCGAGUGACAAUCCUGGGGCACGUCCAAAGAGGAGGAACCCCUUCUGCCUUCGACAGAAUUCUGGCCAGCAGAAUGGGUGUAGAGGCAGUGCUUGCGCUGUUAGAAGCAUCGCCUGACACACCAGCCUGCGUUGUCUCUCUGUGUGGAAACCAGUCAGUUCGACUGCCGCUUAUGGAGUGUGUACAGAUGACCCAAGAGGUACAAAAAGCCAUGGAUGAGAAGAAGUUUGAGGAAGCUGUCAGACUACGUGGCAGGAGUUUUGAAAACAAUUUAAAUACUUACAAACUCCUGGCCCACCGGAAACCCCAGUCUGAACUUCCACAUAGCAACUUUAAUGUAGCCAUCAUGAAUGUGGGUGCGCCUGCUGCGGGCAUGAACGCCGCUGUCCGCUCCGCUGUGAGAGUGGGCAUCACAGAGGGGCACAAGAUGUUUGCCGUGAAUGAUGGAUUUGAAGGAUUUGCCAAGGGGCAGAUUAAGGAGAUCAAGUGGGGUGAUGUUGGCGGGUGGACAGGCCAAGGUGGUUCUUUAUUAGGAACAAAACGAACCCUUCCCGCAAAGCAUGUUGAGAAAAUUGCAGAGCAAAUGCGAGAACAUAACAUCAAUGCUUUGCUCAUUAUUGGGGGAUUUGAGGCAUUUGAGUGUUUGCUGCAGCUUUAUGAGGCACGAUCCACCCACGAAGAGUUUUGCAUCCCUCUGUGUAUGCUGCCUGCUACCAUUAGUAACAAUGUGCCAGGCACUGAUUUCAGUAUUGGUGCCGACACUGCCCUCAAUGCCAUUGUGGAGACCUGUGACCGCAUCAAGCAGUCUGCUAGCGGGACGAAGCGCCGUGUGUUCAUCAUUGAGACCAUGGGAGGAUACUGUGGCUACCUGGCCAGUGUGGGGGGCCUGGCAGCUGGUGCUGACGCUGCCUACAUUUUCGAGGAGCCGUUCGACAUUCGGGACCUCCAGGCUAAUGUGGAGCAUCUUACAGAAAAGAUGAAAACUAGCAUCCAGCGAGGUUUAGUGCUAAGAAAUGAGAACUGCAAUGAAAAUUACACGACUGAUUUCAUUUAUCAGUUGUAUUCUGAGGAGGGAAGAGGUGUGUUUGACAGCAGGAAGAACGUGCUUGGUCACAUGCAACAGGGAGGUGCACCUUCUCCAUUUGACAGAAACUUUGGAACAAAGAUAUCAGCUAAAGCUAUGCAGUGGAUCUCUAAGAAACUCAAGGAGUCCUACAGACAAGGGAGAGUCUUCGCCAACAUGGAGGACACUGCCUGUCUGCUAGGAAUGCGCCGUCGCGCCCUGAUCUUCCAGCCCGUGAUGCAGCUCAAGGAGGAGACCGACUUUGUCCACAGAAUUCCUAAGGAACAGUGGUGGUUAAAACUGCGCCCCCUGAUGAAGAUUUUGGCCAAGUACAAAACCAGCUACGAUAUCUCCGAUUCUGGUCAACUGGAGCAUGUGGUACGCAACAGGCCCAAAGAGUCAGAAGGAGCAGCUAUCUGAAACAGCCAUUUUAAAUUUAUUGUAGAUUGGUUAGCAUUGUGUGCAAGAGCGCUGAAGAAGCUUUGUCCUAUUAAUUAUAACUGUAUUGGCACUUUAUGUCCCAUUAUAAUGUAAUUUCCUGUUAUUUAAAAAAAAUGAUGUAGGAAUACCAGAAACCAAAGUUGCUAAAACGGUCAUUUGAUCUUUUCUCACUCCAAAACUUUUAUUUCACUGCCUGACAGUAAAGGAAAGCACCUGCUUUGUUCCAGCCACAUAUGUUGUGUUGUCACCACGUAAUUGCACUGUGUUCCAAACCUGUGGUGUCUGUGUUACCCCUGAGAGUAGGCCAUAUAGUUCUGCUGCUGUGAAGUUGACAGAUGUAAUUGUGAGACCAAUAAAAACAAUAAAUAUACA